AUGUCUGACAUCAAGGCUCCGGUCCCCGAAAGGGAUCCCAAGUCUUCCAAUGACUUUAUCCAGUUCAACUGCCUGCCGUCUGGUGGCCCGCUCAAUCGCUGGUCGGCGGGCAUCACGCGAGAGCACGACUUUCCCGGCGCGCAGGCCAUGCUGUAUGGCGCCGGUGUUCCCGACGAGCAGACGAUGAAGAGUGCGCCGCACGUUGGUAUCGCGACAGUCUGGUGGCAGGGCAACCCGUGCAACACACACUUACUCGACUUCGGCCAGAUUGUGAAGCGUGCCGUCGAAAAACAAGGCAUGCUGGGUUGGCAGUUCAAUACCAUUGGCGUGUCGGAUGCCAUUACCAUGGGAGGCGACGGCAUGCGAUUCUCUUUGCAGUCGCGUGAAAUCAUUGCCGACUCCAUCGAAUCCGUUACCUGCGCGCAGCACCACGACGCCAACAUAUCCAUCCCUGGCUGCGACAAGAAUAUGCCCGGCGUCAUCAUGGCCGCUGCGCGCCACAACAGGCCCUUUAUCAUGAUUUACGGCGGCACCAUCCGCAAGGGCCACUCCAACCUCCUCGAGAAGGAGAUCAACAUCUCCACCUGUUACGAGGCUGCGGGCGCCUAUACGUAUGGGCGCCUGCACGCCAAGACCGAUCCCGGCAAGCCCGGCCGCGAGAGCGGCGAUGUGCUGUCCGAUCUGGAGCACCACGCGUGCCCCGGUGCCGGCGCCUGCGGCGGCAUGUACACUGCCAAUACCAUGGCCACGGCUAUUGAGGCCAUGGGACUCACCUUGCCGGGUUCAUCGUCGUAUCCGGCGCUGUCGCCGGAAAAGUCGCGUGAGUGCGAGCGCGCUGCCGAGGUCAUCAAGACAACCAUGGCCAAGGACAUUCGUCCGCGCGACCUCUUGAGCCGCGCUGCGUUUGAGAACGCGCUCGUUCUCACCAUGAUCCUCGGCGGCUCCACCAACGGCGUGCUGCACUUCCUCGCCAUGGCCAACACGGCUGGCGUGCCCCUCUCCAUUGACGAUGUCCAGCGCGCGAGCGACCGCACGCCUUACCUAGCGGACCUUGCUCCUAGCGGCCGGUAUCUGAUGGAGGACUUGCACAAGGUCGGCGGCACGCCGUCUGUGCUCAAGAUGCUCAUCGCCAGCCGAAUCAUUGACGGGACCGUCAUGACCGUCACAGGCAAAACGCUCGUCGAGAAUGUGGCCGACUGGCCGUCACUCGACCCCGGCCAGAAAAUUAUACGCCCUCUGGACGACCCCAUCAAGCCUAGCGGCCACAUCCGUAUCCUCCGCGGUAACUUUGCCCCGGGCGGCGCCGUCGCCAAGAUUACUGGCAAGGAAGGCCUGCGCUUCACCGGCCGCGCUCGCGUCUACGAUUGCGAGCGCGAUCUCAACACGGCGCUGAGCCUCGGCGAAAUCAAGGCCGAAGACGGCAAUCUCGUCAUUGUGGUGCGCUACGAGGGCCCCAAGGGCGGUCCCGGUAUGCCCGAGCAGUUGCGCGCCUCGGCGGCCAUUAUGGGUGCGGGACUGACGAAUGUGGCGCUCGUCACGGAUGGGCGUUAUAGUGGUGCGUCUCAUGGCUUCAUCGUGGGACAUGUGGUGCCUGAAGCAGCCGUCGGCGGACCGAUUGCGCUGGUUGAGAACGGCGACGAGAUGACAAUUGAUGCCGAGACAAAUCGUAUUGAUGUUGCCGUUUCGGACGAGGCAAUGGAUGCUAGGCGGUCGAGGUGGACGCCACCGGAGCCGAGGGUCAAGAGGGGCACCCUGGCCAAGUAUGCGCGCUUAGUGGGCGACGCCAGCCAUGGUGCGGUGACGGACGGAUGGUGA